GAAUGUAGCAACACUGAGAUCUCCACACUGCCAGGAUGCGCGCACAUUUAUAAAUAAAUAAAUCUGCGGUCUCUCGCUCGCGUUAGCUGGAGCUGACCGUGGUGCUGAUCGCCGCACGCGAGCUCAAGAUCAACACUGACAUGCUCGAGCGUCAGGAUCUGAACACCUCCGACACUGAACUUGACGCUCCCUCACAACCUUCAGUUUCGGAGGAAAUCCUAAAAUAAUCGAGCAUGGAUCUGAAGUGAGACGGAAGCGUUUUGGAAGUCGAAGGAAAGUCAGUAUUAAACCUGAGGUUGACGUGGACGUUCCGGCACGUGUUUUAAUUGGAUUUGCGAACAUGAUGUCCAUCUUGAGAUUUUUACUGUACUUUAUUUAAGAUGUGUGUUAUCUGAACGAAUUUAUAUUCAUAAUGUUGCUAUAAACAUACACGUUUAGUAGCAAAAGAAGAUAAUUACAUCUAUUUGGAUCCUUGGACAUUCGAAGUGGAGAUAUGGCUCGCGUUCUUGUCCUUGUUAACUCGGUCGGACUGUUGCUCUUCGGUAGUGAAAUGUUUCUGGUGGGAGCAAACCGUCCACCUGCUCCAGUUAAUGUGUCAGUCAUGCACCUGAGAGCUGAUUCAGCAACUGUGUCCUGGGAGGUGCCUGAGGGUGACAUCAUCAUCGGCUUUUCCAUCUCCCAACAGAGAAUGGACGGCAAAAUGCAGAGGUUUAUCAGGGAGGUGAACACCACCAGCAGAUCCUGUGUGCUGUGGGACCUGGAGGAGGAGACAGAUUAUAUUAUCCAAGUGCAGUCCAUCGGCCUUUAUGGAGAAAGCCAGGCCAGUAAACGCAUCCACUUCAGAACCCUGAAGAAAACAGACCGCUUCCCCUCAAACAGUUCGAACCAAGAUGACCCGACUGUUCAAGGCCUGGAUAAAGCUCGACACCUGCAGACAGGAGAGAUGAUCAUCAUUGUGGUGGUGCUUCUUAUGUGGGCAGCCGUAAUUGCCUUGUUUUGCCGGCAGUAUGACAUAAUAAAGGACAACGAUUCCAGCAACAGCAAAGAGAAGGUAAAACCAUCCUCAGAGAGAAGCACACCAGAGCAUCACAGCGGAGGUCUGCUGCGGAGCAAGUUCCACCAGUCUGUGCCAUCGAUCAACAUCAUCGAGGUGUGAUGGGAGUAUCGUAGACAUCAGUCAUGUCCUCCGUCGCAGUAUCAGGAUGACAGUAUGUCAACCCUUUCAUCACCCCACGGUCAAAAACUCAUCAGCUACACCGCUGUGUCGGCCCACCUUAUACACAUAUUAAAGCCAUCUAUUGGAACUGUAAAUAACGUACAUUGCACGUAUGACUGGAUGUCUAUAUUUUAUGUUGGCUGGAGAAUUCCCAAAACUCUCACUGCAAUAUAUCAAACUAAACCUGUUUUUUUUUUCUCUUGUAUAGAAAAGGAAGGAAGGUGUAUUUUUGUAAUGGUACUGAAGUAUGACAGGGUUUCUACUAUUUAUUAGCUUGUGUUUUGUUUGUGCAUGCAGCUCUCAUGGUCUGAUAGGAUGUGUACAGAAGCAGGUCUUUAGAUUAAAGGGAUAGUUCACCCAAACAUUAAUCUGAGGCCUUUUUAAAUGUCGAAAAGUUUGUUUCUCCAUCAGAACAGAUUUGGAGAAAUUUAAUAUUGCAUUAUUUGCUCACCAGUGGAUCCUCUGCAGUGAAUGGGUGCCGUCAGAAUUAGAGUCCAAACAGCUGAUAAAAACAUCACAAUAAUCAACAAGUAAUCUACAUCUGCAAAAACCUGCGUGUUUCUAAUAAAUUUAUCAAGACGUUUUUCAGAUUCAGGAGAGAAAUAUACACUGAUCAAGGAUUACUUGUGGAUUAUUGUGAUGUUUUUAGCAGCUGUUUGAACUCUCAUUGUGACGGCAUCCAUUCACUGCAGAGGAUCCAUUGAUAAGCAAGUGAUGUAAUGCUAAAUUUCGAAGAAACAAGCUCUAUCUUGGAUGGACUGAGCUUAUGUACAUUUUCAGCAAAUUGUAAUUUUCCGGGUGAACUAUUUCUUUAAGUUUGUGCUCUUAUUUUCAUUAGUCUGCUUAUUAGAGAGAACAGAUUUAUGCCAAAUCCCUCUGCUUGUAAAUAGCUUCAUCUCUUCACCUUCUUGAACAGUUUUUAUGUAUCCUAAAUAUGGCUAGGAAUAUUUAUUUGCUUAUUUACCCAGUUUUGUUUCACUGUUAUAAUCUUAAAACCCUAAAACCUGAAUAAUGUACCUAAAUGCUAAUCAUUGUAUGUAUAUAUAUAUAUAUAUAUAUAUAUAUAUAUAUAUAUAUAUAUAUAUAUAUAUAUAUAUAAGAAUAUCCUGACUGAAUCUGAAUUAUUGUUGUUUUAAGAAUAAAAAAGACAGCAUAAACCUAAUGAUGAAAAGUGCAUGCAUAUUUUGCAUUUAUGCUCUCAGUUCAUGGCUCUUAUUUAAAAUUAGUUCUAUUUCUCCUUAUCAAUUUUAAUAAAGAUAAUGAAUGACUUGA